AUGCCGGGCCCAGCCCCAGCCCCGCGGGCGCCACCGGCGCCGCUCCUCCUCCUCACGCUGCUGCUGCUGCUGCUGCCGCAGCUCGUGCUGACGGCGGGGUCCUCGCACGGGCAAGACCUCUUCCUGCAUGCGGCCCCGCGCCCGGUCAGCCUGGCCCCCGGGCCGUAUACCUUCCCCACCGGGCCCGGGAGCCACUCGAUGGCCAUGGCGCGAGUGUCGGAUUCGACGUUCAACCUCAUGCCGCAGAUUGACCUGCUGGACAAGCUGCCGGAGGUCCGCUGGGGCGUCUUCUUCGGCAGCGCGUCAUACGUCCUGUCCUGCGGGCGGCCGGACUGCCCCGGCAGCCUCUCGGUCAUGGCGCUGGCGCCGCUGGACGGGACCCUGCCGACCCUGGUGGCAGUUACGCCGCACACGGUCGGCUUCUGGACGCACGCCGAGGAACACCCGCUGCCGGUGCCGAACACCGAGCUCCUGGCCGGGGUGGCCUUCUCGGAGGGGGAGGUCCUGCUGCUGGGCGCGACCGGCAUGCCGGGCCAGAGCCAGUCCAUCUACCUGGGCACCCUGCACCGGGACGGGCUGGACCCGGUGAGCCACGAACUGCCGACCUUCAUGGGCUCGGCGCAGGCGGUCCCCGGCAUCAGGGGCUCCUUCUACAUGUACUGGGGCCCGAACAUCCUGCGGCUGGCAGUCGACCAGCAGGGGUCGGUGCCCUGGUCCGCCAGCUCCAUGGAGGCGGACAUCCUGAGCGCGGUUGUCACGCGGGUCGUGCCGCCGAUCGGCGACUGCCAGCUGUCCGGGGAUUUGGUCAUGCUCCUGGCCAAUGGCCAACUGAGCAUGGAGCCGUGCGCCGGCAUACUGCAGGGCUCCGGCACGGUGUUCCUCGAGUUGCCGACCGGGCUGCCGGCGUCCGGCGGUUGGCUGCUGGCGGCCCCGGCGGCCGCCACCGGCAACCACCCGCAGCCCGUCUACCUGGUGGUGCCCGACGUGGGGGAUCCGCGCGACCGGCUGUGGCGGCUCACCAGCCAGGAUGCCCAGCUGUCCUGGCGCCGGGUGAUCCUGCCGCCGGUUGUGGACAAUGUCUGGGACUUGCAACUGGUCCAGCUCCGGGUGGGCCUCAACUCCACCGGCAUCUGGGCCUUGGUCUUCGGGGAGUUGGUGCUCUUCGAGGCCCGGACCUUUGGCUGCCAGGAGGAUGGCAGCAUCCGGUGCGACAGUGACACCGUGACGACCGGCUCGCCGGCCGGGUGGACCUGCGCCGCGGGCCACGCCGAGUCGCCCUUCACAUCGCCGGAUCACCUGUGCGCCGGGUGCGCCGAGGGGUGGUAUCUUGACCGGCCGGCCGGGGAGGUCCCCUUCUCCGGGGCGGGCCACGCGUGCCGGCCCUGCGCGGCGGCCAAUUGCCGGACUUGCAAUGCGGAGCACUGUCUCCUGUGCACGGAGGACUUGCUGCUGGAGCCGACCGGCCCGGAGGGCCGGAUCGUGUGCGUGCCCAGCUGCUCGGCCGGCUUCGUGCCGAUGGCCGGGGCCUGCCGGCCGGCGGCCGCGCCUCCGGCCGGCAUCGGGCUGUCGGUGCCGGCCGCGCGGCCGGCGCUCGGGCUGGACCCGGGCGACCGGGUGACCUCCAUCGCGGAGAGCUGGCUGUCGGUGGACCCGGCCACCGGGAGCCUGGUCAUCCCGUCGGCGGACACGGCCUCCGGGGCCAGCCAGCAGGUGCUGCUCUUCACGGCCGACCGACGGACCUUCCUCAUGCCGACCGGGGACCUGGCCCGGCCGGGCGGGCCGCCCGCGCGGGAGGUGGUCCUCUUCGCGCCGGGGCUGGAGUCCCCGGUCAAGGCGUCGGCCGAGAUCGGGCCCUUCCUCUAUGAGGGGACGACGCGCUACCUGGUGGCCCUGUGCAAUGAGGUGGGCCAGUCGAGGGUGAUCAUGCUCUCGUGCGUCGGGGUGGGGCCCUGCUCGGUUGACACCUCGAGGCUGGACAACCUGCCGACCGGGUCGUGUGCCGGGCUCCGGCGGGCGAGCCCCCGGAUCGCGGUGCUGGCCAUGUUCACCACCAGCCUGAUGGCCGUGUGGGUGGAGGACCACUCGCCGGGGGCGCAGUUUGUCAUCACCGAGGCCAAUGGGAUGGUGGGCUUCCCGGGGGCGCGGAGCGCCGGCAACCGGGCGGACCCCGGCCCCGGGGAGUGGCUCCUCUGGACCCGGGAGUCCUACAAGGCGACGGCCCUGCCGAUGAGCCUGGCCGGCAGGGACUCGCGGGCCAACACCAUGCUCGGGCACUUUGUGCCGAGCCUGCCGAGCCGGGCCAAUGCCUUUGAGCCGGUGUUCCUGCCCCGGGGGGCGGAGGGCCUGGCCCCGGGGGAGUUGUUCCUCUCGCGGGUCACCAACCAGGAGUGGCUGGCCAUCCGGGUGCCGGGGGACAUGCUGCCGGCCGGCCGGUCCAUCGACCUGGGCUCGGUGCAGCAGCGCCUGGGCACCCUGCCGCGGGCCGUGCAGCCGGUCCAGCACACCCUCAUGAAGUGGGUGAUGCAGGGGCUGGCCCUGCCGGCCGGCGACCCCCGGUACCCGAGCGUGCUGCUGCUGCUGACGCGGACCUUCAUCGGCGCGUCGCUGAUGCACUGCCCGGCCGGGGCCGCCGGGCCGUGCGUCCUCCUGCCGGCGGUCUUUGUGGAUGUCCCGCCGGGGAUGGAAAUCCCCAGCACCUCGGGGCUGUGGCUGCCGGCCAUCGGGCAGGCGCCCGAGCCGGCCGGCGCCGUGGCCCUCCAGGCGGCCACCCUGCAGCCGGGCAAGGCCCUGGAGCUGGUGCUCUUCGCGCCGGGCCCCGGCAUGGUGGCCGUCUCGCUGGAGGUGCUGUGCCCGCCCGGCAUGGGCGGCAGCAUGUGCGACCCGUGCCAUGGCACGUGCGCGGAGUGCCGGCGCGCGGGCGAUCCGCUGGCGUGCACGGCCUGCCCGCAGGGCCGGCACCUGCACCGGGGCACGUGCGUCGACCGGUGCCCGGCCGGCACCUGGCCCGACGACGCGGCCCGGGCAUGCGCUGCCUGUCCGGCCGGCUGCGCGGAGUGCUCGCCGGCCGGCCAGGCCGCGGCCUGCACCCGGUGCAUGGACCGGCACUUCUUGUCCGGCGACGCCUCCUGCCGGGCGUGCGACGGGUCGUGCGCCGAGUGCCAGGCUGCCGGCAGCUGCUCGGCCUGCCAGCCGGGCAUGGUGUUCCUCCUGCCGGAUGAGCAGGCCAGCUCGCUGUGCGGGAGCACCUGCCUGCCGGGGCAGUAUGUCGGGGCCGGCCGGUGCGCCGAGUGCGAUGCCAGCUGCGAGCUGUGCACCGGCGAGCCCGGCCGGUGCCAGGUGUGUGCCGAGGGCUUCCGCCGCUGCUGCUGA